CCGCCCAUGUUGAAUAAAUGAAUGAGCGAGAUAUGGCCAUGUCCCUCUCGAACCCCCGUGCAGCUCAACACGAGAACAGAUGAUUUUGGUAUCCUCUUAACACACCAUGGACAUAUGCAGAAAUGAACACCAAGUGAUUGAGAUUGGAAUUUCCCUAUAGCUGUCUUGACACGUGAAACACAGCACUUCUUGCUCGGUGGCAAGUCAGAGUUGGUGAGAGACUUGACCGUGUUCCGCGUUGGUGUCUAACGAUUGUUACGAGUUAGCGGGUGGACUUUGCUGCGCUGCCUGCCUGCACGGGACUCGACCGCUGCUGGCUGCUGCUAAUCUUCUUUCCUGCCAGCUGCUCAUCAAUUCUUUUAAACACCCUUUCCCUCCCUUCCUCCCUCUCUCCCUUCUUGCACUUUCAACCUCACCUUCCCUCUCACCUCGUUACUCACUCACUCUCCCCGCCGCCACCAUCACGCUCGUAUAUUUAACCCGGUGCGGCUACUCCCACCUCAUUCGCGCAACCGCCCCACGAAUCCUGCUAAGGCACUUCGUUCGUCCUCACGCUACAGCAAGUCCCGGCCCCGGCCUAGACAAAGUUGCUUUUCAUCGCACCCAAACCUACCCACAAACGCGCGCCAUCAUUAUGUCCUCAUCAGACGACGACGAUACGCCUCUCGUCAAGGGACGCACUGAGAAUGGAGUGAAAUCCCAAGAUCGCAUUCCUCAGGCCGUCGACCAAGCCAUGGACAAACAGCUGCCUUCCAACGGACAUGUCGAGCCGGGAGUAUCCAUCCGCAUGGGCCCCGUUGAGGACAUGGACGUCGACCCGCCUGCCGCUGCCAACGCCAACGGAAAGCGCAAGAGCCGUGGUAGUCUUACCAAUGGUAGAACCUACAAGGAGGAGAGCAGCGAAGAAGAUGAUAAACCAAUUAGCAAGCGUCGGCGGACAUCACAACAGGCUAAAAAGGUCGCCCCAGACUCGGAUUCUGAACUCAGCGAUAAGCCUUUGGUUCCCUUCAGGAAACCGCCCAAAGCAACCGCCGCCCAGAUUGGAGAGUCGUCUGAAUCCGAUACACCUCUGACGGAAAAGCUUAUCAAGGACAAGGCGAAAAUCGAGAAAGCCGCUGUGAAGGAGGCAAAGACCCUACGAGGCAAGGAAAAGGCGGCCCCCAAACGCAAAGCCAAGGCCGACAGCGACAGCGAUGAUGACGUGCCGUUGAUGAAGAAAAAGCCUGCUCCCAAGCGCGCGUCAAAUGGUGUCAAGAAAGCCGCAAAGGUCGAAUCCGACUCCGAUGUUCCGCUUGCAAAGAAAGCGCCUGCCAAGAAGGCAAAGGCAAAGGCCCAGGCGGCAACUCCUGUCAAGAAAGCGAAAGGAAAAGCCAAGGUCGAGCAGAAGACGGAACAGGAUGAUGAAGCUCAGGACGAGGAAGAGGAGUACCGAUGGUGGGAAGAUCCGGGCCAGGGUGAUGGUUCCAAAAAAUGGACAACAUUGGAGCAUAGUGGCGUCGUGUUUCCCCCUGAGUACGAACCGCUCCCCAAAAACGUCAAGCUCAUCUACGACGGUGUUCCGGUCACCCUCCAUAAGGACGCCGAGGAAGUGGCCACCUUCUAUGGCAGUAUGCUCAAUUCCGCUGUCAACGUCGAGAACCCUACAUUCAACAAGAACUUUUUCGAAGACUUCGUUGCCAUCCUGGACAAGACGGGCCACGGAAAAGACAAGGAUGGGAAAACCGUCAAGAUCAAGAAGUUUGAGAAGUGCGACUUCAAGCCCAUUUUCGAGUGGUUCGACACUGAGCGCGCCAAGAAGAAGUCUCUUAGCGCUGCGGAGAAGAAGGCGCUCAAAGCGGAGAAGGAGGCUGCUGAAGCCCCCUACAUGUACUGCAUGUGGGAUGGUCGCAAGCAGAAAGUCGGCAACUUCCGGGUCGAACCUCCAGGUCUUUUCCGUGGUCGUGGUGAACAUCCCAAGACCGGCCGAGUGAAGAAGCGCGUGUUACCGGAACAGAUUACUAUUAACAUAGGCAAAGAGGCCAAGGUUCCUGAGCCGCCUGCGGGUCACAGCUGGAAAGAGAUCAAGCACGACCAGACCGGCACAUGGCUCGCCAUGUGGCAAGAGAACAUCAACGGAGCCUACAAAUACGUCAUGCUCGCCGCUAACUCAGACAUCAAGGGCCAAAGCGACUACAAGAAGUUCGAGAAGGCCCGAGAGCUGAAGAAGCAUAUCGAUACCAUCCGCAAAGACUACCGCCGAGACCUCAAGAGCGAGAAGAUGGCCGAUCGCCAGCGUGCCACUGCUAUCUAUCUAAUCGAUCAGUUCGCUCUGCGUGCGGGCAAUGAGAAGGGUGAAGACGAAGCCGACACCGUCGGUUGCUGUUCCCUCAAGUACGAGCAUGUGACCUUGAAGCCGCCACACUUCGUCAUCUUCGAUUUCCUGGGAAAAGACAGUAUCCGUUUCUACGAUGAAGUGACUGUCGACCCGCAAGUGUUCAAGAACCUCAAGAUCUUCAAGAAGGCCCCCAAGACUACCGGUGAUGAUAUCUUCGAUCGCUUGACUACCUCUGCUCUCAACAAGCACUUGAACAGCUACAUGACUGGCUUGACUGCCAAGGUGUUCCGUACUUACAAUGCUUCGUGGACAAUGGCUAGGCUACUGCGCGAGAUGAAGCUUUCAGGUUCAAUCCCGGAGAAGGUCAAAGAGUACAAUGACGCCAAUCGAGAGGUUGCUAUACUCUGUAACCACAAACGUACUGUCGCUGCUGGCCAUGCCGGGUCGAUUGAGAAGAUGCAAGAAAAGAUUAAUGGUCUUGUGUAUCAAGUGUGGCGGACUAAGCAGAUGAUGAUUGACAUCGAUCCUAAGAUGAAGAAGAAGAAGGGCGCGGACUUCUUUGCGCGACCCGAUGAGCUAGACAACGAAUGGGUCCUGCAGCACAUCGAUGCUCUUGUCGAAGAACAGCGCCAAAAGAUCACAAAGAAAUUCGAGAAAGAGAACGAGAAGCUCAAGGCAGAUGGUGACAAAGAGAUGAAACCCAAGGAGCUUGACGAGCGUCUCAAGGCAGCUGAAGACCUUGGGAAGAAGAUGCGCAAGGAGCACAAGACUGGCAAGGUUGAAGCCGAGGGCAAAGGCCCAACUGUGGAAAAGAUGCAGGCGAACAUUGAAAAGCUCAACCAGCGCAUCGAGACCAUGAAGGUGCAAAUGGAGGACAAGGAGGGCAACAAGGAGGUUGCCCUUGGAACUUCCAAAAUCAACUAUAUCGAUCCCCGUCUCACUGUUGUCUUCUCCAAGAAGUUCAACGUUCCGAUCGAGCGCUUCUUCUCCAAGACGCUGCGCGAAAAGUUUGAUUGGGCAAUCAAGUCUGUGGACGAGGACUGGGAGUUUUAG